AGUGGCUCGCAGCGAUUUCAAGCUUCACGGCUCGAUUUGUGUCCCCUGUCCUUGCUCGGCAGCAAUGGCUUUGAAGAACCUUCUUCUUGUCGUUGGCUUGGUUGCGGUCUCCGCGGACUACCUGGACUUCUUCUAUGCUCCGAAGGCUUCCAAGAGGUUCCUUCAGGCUGAGGAACCAGCAGAACCCGAACCUGUGGACAUGGCGAAGCUGAACGCUGAGUUCCAUACUGCAUGCCGACGGGGUGACACGGAUGCUGCCAGUGCUUUGCUGCUUCAAGGUGUUGACAUCAAUGAUGUGUCCGCCUCAGGCCCACAAUGGAGCCCUUUGGCAGAGGCUGCCCUCCGCAAGGACACCGCCAUGUGCACUUGGCUGCUUGAGCAUGGCGCCAGUCCUGACACCCAAGAUCGCCGGGGCCGCACCCCACUUUACCAUGCCGUGACUGGCAAGUUGUCGACCGUGGUCACCGAGAUGUUGAAGACGGCCAAGAACUUGAGUCCCACGGACGGUGACAACGUGGACUUGCUGACCCGUGCAGUGUGGUUGGGCGAGGUGGAGAUCGUGAAGAGCCUCCUGGAUGCGGGAGCCACCUCGGAAGCUGCCAUGUCCGCAGCCGAGACAGCUCCCGCGGCCAUCGCCCAGCUCUUCGGCUUCACAGGGGUGACUGAAGCACCAGCAGUGGCACCCACUCAAGCGCCAGCAGUGGCACCCACCCAGGCACCAGCAGUGGCACCCACCCAGGCGCCAGCAGUGGCACCCACCCAGGCACCAGCAGUGGCACCCACCCAGGCACCAGCAGUGGCACCCACCCAGGCACCAGCAGUGGCACCCACUCAAGCGCCAGCAGUGGCCCCUGUUGCACCAUCCCCCGAGACAGUGGAGGCCCCAGAGGCUUCAGAGACGGCUGAGACGCCAGAGACAGCUGAGACGCCCGUGGAGACUGUCGAGGCCCCCUAAAGGUGCCAAAGCAGGCCGACGUCACGCGUCUUCCGGCGGAUGAGAGAGCCGGUGCUCCGCCGGAGAGCUGGUGCAUGUCCUUGAAGAUCGCUGCACUGUACUAGGCUUCCCAGUGGACCUCUCCCUUCUUGGAAAGGGAGGGUCUAGGAUUCUCGACCUAUUUCCUCAACUGGGGGCCUUUGUAAUCGCAAUGGACCUGGGCCGGGCUAGAAAGGCCAUAUUUUCUGAGACAUUGGCUGGGGGCAGUGGUUUGCCUCAGUUCACACCAUGUUUCAGCAAACCGGUCAAACCAGAUGUAGCCAGCAUGACUGCAGGUGUUUUGCCUGUUGCUAUGGGGUCCAGGUCCUGGAAUGAAUUCAUCUUUUGAGCCCACAAAGCAGGCGAAGAGAAAAGGCAGCGAAACCCAACCUCUCAACCAUGAGAUGGUAUGUGGAGGUCUGGAUCGGAG